GGUCAUUUGAGGUUAUCUAAAGUUCAUUUAAUUUUAAAUCAGUCAAGAAAUGUCUCUGGAAAGUUUGAAUACACUGGAGACAGGGAGCACAACUGCUCUAUGAAAAUACACCAAGUGGAGCAUUCGGAUGCCGGAAAAUAUUUUUUCAGAUACAACAACAACAAAGGAUGCCCCAAUAAAUGUAUAUUUUUAAAGGUCACCGAUCUGAACAUUUUAGCUGAAACUGCUGAUGGAGAAGCAUUUAAAGAAGGGGAUUCAGUGAAUCUUACCUGCAUCAACAAUUGUGAUGACAUCAAUACCUCAUCUGCAUACUCCUGGUUUAAAGAUGGGGAAAGCAUAAAUGAAGGCCAUGUACUUCAUUUGACAAAUGUGUCGACUAAACAUUCAGGAAACUACACCUGCUCCCUUAAGGUGCAAAAGGACACAACUUCAGAAGUCUUUCGUCUUGAUGUUGAAUAUGGACCCAAAAACACAUCUGUGCUCAUCCGGUCAUCAUCUGAAGCAGACACUAAUGGCAGCAUCAUCCUGAUCUACAGCAGUGAUGCACAGCCCCCUGUGCAGAAUUACAGUUGGUUUGAAAUAGUUGAUGGUCAGUUGCUGAAUGUUGGACAUCAGGCUGAGAUGUUUCCAGAACACAGUGGCCAGUAUUUAUGCAGCGUCUCCCACAAACAUGGAAGUCAGAACUCCACUGUUUUCACCCUGAAGAUGAAAACCUGGACUUUUCUGAGAGAUGUACUUGUCACCAUUACAGUUGCCAUUGUUUUAGUCAUGACUGCUAUUAUUGCUGUUUGUAGGAUUACCAAAAACAAAAGUAAAACAACAGAAGCAGCACAUCAGGAGGAAAGACAGCAGAUAGAUGCUACCAUCCAGCAUGGAGGAAGUCACUGUUUUCAAUCUGAAGAUCUUAUAUUUGAAGAAACAACAACAGAAGUAAUUUAUGCAGCUAUUGAAUUCCAAACGAAUCGAGUGCCAAACAAGGAGCAGAUGGACUACCAAAGUGAAUCUGUUAUUUACAGCACAGUUUGCAGGUAAAGUUCUUUAGAAUUGUAUUUUGUAUAUCUUUUUUUUUGUUGAACAUAAUCAUAACAAUAUUUUGCUUCUUUUUCAGGUCCCAGCUUUUAAACCACUCAAAUAGGGCAUCCUCUUGAUAUGACUGUGA